AUGUCUUAUUAUGACAUCGAUUCAAUUCUAACAGAUGCUCAGAAAUUGCCAUGCACAUUUGAACUGGAUGUCCCCGGGCUUGGCAUUCUAGAAGGCAAUCCAGGGGAGAGUGCGGACCCUCGGACUGUCGACCUGCGCUCGCUAGCGCCGAACUAUUAUCGGCUGAGUGAAAGAGUCCUGGAGCUUUUUGAAGAGGAAGAGAUGGUCGAUAUUCUGAGCAAUGUAACAACCCCCACAUUGCAGACAUCAUUGGAUGCGGCUUUGCUAACCCGCACUGAUCAGACUUUCAAGAAGCGUGCUGCUGAGAUCGCCGACCACGCGCAUAACCCCAAGGGCGCUCUUGGAGACGGGGUGGAGUUCUUGCAAGGUCUUGAUGAGACUGAGAGACAGUUGUUCCGCGUCGCGCAUGACGGUGCCAGAGAGACUCGCAUCUGGGCUGGAGAAGCCAAAAAGAGAUGA